ACCUUUAUCUUUUCUAAUUCCCUUCCCUCCCAAUUUUCUCUCUCCUCCUUAGUCCUUCCACACCUUCCCUCCCUUUCCUUUUCCCCCUCACUAGAUCUCUCUCUCUUACCCUAAUUUAGUUCUUCUGUCAACUUCACUUCUUUCUUCUUUCAUAGAUCUAAAUCAGCAACCUCUUCAAAAUGACUCCGGCACCUGCUACACUAGUAACACCAGCAAACAACAACAACAACAACAACGGUCAAUUCGGAGAUACAACCUACACAAAGGUUUUUGUCGGAGGUUUAGCCUGGGAAACUCAAAAGGACACUCUUCGUACUUACUUUCAUCAGUUCGGUGAUAUCUUAGAAGCUGUUGUCAUCACUGAUAAGGCUACUGCUAGAUCCAAGGGCUAUGGUUUUGUGACUUUCCGGGAACCAGAAGCAGCAAUGAGAGCAUGCCUUGAUGCAACUCCAGUGAUUGAUGGAAGAAGGGCCAAUUGUAAUCUUGCUUUUUUGGGUGCUCAAAAAUCUAAACCCUCCACUCCGUCCCACCACACCACUCAUGGAAUAAGCAGGAAUGUGAAGGGAAUGAAUAGCAAUGGUGAGAGUGGGUAUGCAACAGCUUUUCUUGGGGCAACAGCAUCCACUACCUUUCCUCAUUAUGCCAUCCAACAAGGGAUUCCUUUAGCUCAUUUUUAUGGGUAUCCACCAUAUUCAUCAGAUUACACUUAUCCUGCGGGCUACUAUGGGGUGCAUGGAGGAGUAGCCAACCAAUACCAGAUGUAUGGAGCAGCUGGGGCAGCUGCAGGAGGUAUGAUGGGCUGCUACUACCCGUAUCAUCUGCAGUUCGGGGAUCAAAUCAAUACUGCUGGAGCAGGUGCAGCAACUGCUGCUUACGCAAAUGCCGGAACACAACCCUAUGGCCUUCACUACUCUCAUCAGCUCUUCCCAUUUUCUUCUGCUACCUCUCCUCAGCAGUAUUACAGUCCUCCCAUGUCUUUUGCUGCAGCCACAAAUCCAAUGCAAUCAGGCAUGAACAUGGCUCUCCAAGCUCCGAUUCUUCGCUGUUAAUGGGGCUGCGACCGGUCUAGCUCAUAUCAGCUGCACGUUCUAAGCAUCUUUGGUCCGAUAAUGGUCUAUUUCUUCAUCUCUCAUGAAUCAUCUCCGUCUCUUGCCAGACUCCUACAAGUGUAGGCAGUUGGCCGAGCUUGAGAUGCAGUUGUUGGUCCCCCAUAGGGAUGGCAACCAAAAAAAAAACAUUCAUGCAUUAUCAUUGCAUUAUCUUCAAGGAGUCUUAAUCAAAGAGAUUAAUCUCUUGAAGAGAUCAUCAACCAACUUUGCUAUUUUGGAGAGCAAAGUUGGGUGCAUAUAGAUCGAUCGUUUAGCCUCACGAAGAGGCCAAACGCGUAACAACUACUGCCAAGUUUAGCUUCAAUUGUGCCAUUAAUAGUGAAGGCAUGUGGAAGUACAUAGUUCUGUGGUGUAGGGUAUAACUAUUAGCUAGUCACUAACCUACUUUGAUGCUAACUAACUUUAGCCUUGACUAUUGCUGAGUCAUAUGUCAAGGCUGCUUGUUUGACGAGUAAGGGACAUGGGAUGCCCUUUUACUUUUUAUUACUGUAUCAUCCUUUUUUUUUCUGGGCCAUUUAGAACUCUAUAAUAUCUUCCCCAAGGUUGGGGAUGUAUUAUCAGUUGAAAAAGUAUCUCCAUAUAUUGUUGCCUCAUGGUGGCUAAACUUGGAGCUUUAGCUUUACUUCAAUGUACAUUUUUUACUCUGGGGAUGAUUUUCUUUUUAACGGAAUUCCCCUUUGAUCAGCAUGUAGCAUUCUAUAUACACUAUUGAACUCCAUUAAUGGUUAAUGGAGUUCAAAAGCUCGCACGACUUCAUAACUUCAUCCUUCUUUCCCUCUCCUUGAACCCCAAAGAAAGGAGGCUGGGAAUGUAUAGGACCCAUCAUUUUUCCUCCCUGUAGUUCAUGAAUGUUGUAACUCUGUGACUUACCCUUUACUUUCAGCAUUAUCUUCUUCGAACUCUGUAUGUCAUGUUUUUACUUAUGUAGGUCCAUGUACGCACCAUCAGUCAGGGACUGGUCUGGUGCUAAGAAUAAGACUUGUUAAUUUGUAUUAUUAUUAGUUAAGAUUUGAGAUUCUCUAAUGUUCUAAACAACCAAAAUGUAAUAGUAGGACAGUUGCUUAUUGUCUAAUUAUUUUUCUCAUUAUAUGCAUAAUGCUGUUAGUCUUA